ACUGUCCAUUUUGUUACCUUUUGUCGCUGGCAGAAGUUUCAGAGAGAGACACCCGCUUUCGCGGAAAAUUGGACAAAUGUGUAGCGAAAUUUAAAAGAUGAAGACAAAUGAAGGCACACUCGACUCUUCCAGUGGAGGUUUCUCCAUGAGUGAAGGUACGAGUUCAAAGGAUCCAUAUUCUCUCUAUGGCAAGGAUAUUUUAAAGGAGCUAAAAGAAGAAGGAUCUCGACUACUUGCUUGGUCUAGAGAGUUGCAAAAUUCUGCAAGGAAAUCUGGAACCACGUUACAAGUUGUUCCAAAGGUAGAAAAGGAGGAAAAGAUUCACAGGAUAGAAAACAAACUUGAGCCAAUUGAAGACACAAGCUAUGAACAGAAACAAGCAACCCCCUUUAGUCUACAGGGAACUCCCGUGGAUACUCCCUGCGCUGGAGAACAAUUCUAUUAUCCACUAGACAUGCAUCACUCUGAUAUUAGCAGAACUAUUAGUAGUCUUGGAGGAGGAACAUCUAGUGGAAGCUCCAAGUUUGGGAGUAUAAAUACACUAGAGGAAAGUGUACAGAAUAUUCCAAAUUUUCCUCCAGCUAAUCCUCAAUAUGCCCACUUACUGGCAGUCCUGCAGCACAAGUACACUACACUUCUUCGCAAAUUUGAGGAGGUGAAUGAGCAGAGGAUGUCCUACAUUGAGGGGAUACGAGAGUAUCAAGCCAAGCUAGAUAAUGCAAGGUCUCUACUGCAAAUGCAUCAACAAGAGUUUGAAAGAGUAGCCAUGAGAGCAAAGGAGCUGGAGGAUGUUCGUAUAGAGCUCCUCAACCAGCUAAAGGAAGCCAAGGAUGUAAAGGAAACUGUAGCAACAAUUCAGGUGGAUAAUGAAGAACCUGUUAAAGAAAUUUGCGAAGAUGUACAUGAGACGAAAGAAGAGGAAACUGGUGAGGUUGAACAACAGUCAAAGGAGAAGCAGAAGGAGCUAGACGAGCUCUACAAAACUCUAGAGGUCUUCAAGUCAGACGUAAGGGCCAAGGUACAGAGCAUAGAAAACGGUCUGCAGGCUCUAUACAUGCACAUGUUAAAUGCGACUGAAGUUGUCAAGGCUACUGCAGAUGAAACUGCUACUCAAGCACCCACGAUUUAUGAGAAUAUAAAGGGCGCUAUUAAUGCUGCAGAAAAGAUUCCAGUGGAACCUGCCCUAGAGAGGCUGGAAGACGAUCUGAAGCUUGGUUUUAGGAAACAACUGAAGGAAAUGAUGAAUGCAUUCGCGGAGAUUGGAUUGAAGGAGCCAGACUGUCAGGGGUGUAUAGAAUCCGAAAAAAAGAUUAAACAAAUUGAAUACGAACGUUGCAGAUUAAAGAAUAUGAUCAACAGGACGUCGAAUAGGAACAAGGACGUAUCACAAAAUCUCAAAAAUUUAAUUUACACUGAAAAACUCAAGAAACCAAUAAAGGUGCAACUCUUGAAAAUUGGACUCUUCAAAAACAAAUUUGUGGAUGCCUCCAUAUUCAUUAAAGGAAAGAUGCUGAUAAUUAAGCGGAAAAUGGGCAUUCAAAUUAAACUCUCCGAUAUCAUCGGCGUAAAUUUUGGUUAUGACUCUAUUGGAUAUUCCAAGUAUGCAGACAUGAUUACUGGGUUCCCAUGGAACUUUUUUACAAUCUGCACAAAAAAAGGCUACCUUCACUUUUACAACCCAGUAGAUUCUACUCUAGAGUUGCUUGUUGCUGGUCUAAAUCUAAUUGCAGGACAAUCAACUGCGAAUAACGAAAAGGAUGUUAGGAUCAGGAGGACAAGAAUGAAGAUUCUCUAUCACGCAAAACUCAAGGGAAUGCCACUCCACAAAUUGUGGAUUCAAGCUAUACGAAAAGCUGCCGCUGCAGGAGCAUAUAGAAUGCGCUUAUAAAUUAAAUUU